UUCAUUAUUGGAUUUAUGGAAGCUGACCAAGCAGGGAAAGGACACUUUUCAAAGAUGCCAUUGCAACUGUUUAUUACAACUGCAUCUGAACUUCCCGUGAAUGUUCAAGUACAGGCUCCAAUGGUAAAGGACCUCUAUCAAGGCGACAAUUUUAUGGUUAAAAAGGGAAUUAUAAAGCAGGUAUCAAUCCCAAAGUCCCUAAGAUCACAGGAAACAGAGCGUGCAAAGAAAGCAAUUCACGUUGUUGCUUCCGAUGAAAUUGUUGUUUUCGGAAUAAAUCAGGCACAUUUGUCUACCGAUGGAUUUCUUGGAAUACCUUUGGAUGUUUUGGGAACUAAAUAUUUUGUUCCAUCCUUUAUUUCAACUGCUGAACAUUUCUUUCAGUCGGCGAUACUCAUAGUCGGAACACAAGACAGGACCAUGUUAAAUAUCAAACUGCCAUUGAAAAAUAACAUUGAUAUUCAACUCGAAGGAAAAAGUUACAACCGUGGUGAUUGGAUAAACAUUACAAUUAAUAAAUUUGAUACAUUACAGCUUCGUUGCCACGCUGAUUUAACAGGUACCCUUGUUUUAUCUUCGCAAAAAGUAUCCGUUUUCGGUGGAUCGACUGUAACUUCCAUCGGAGUUGGAAUUUCACGGGAUCACAUCGAAGAACAAAUACCACCUAUAAAUGUUUGGGGGAAAAGGUUUGCAGUAAAUUCAUUUCCCGAUACAAAUCCAAACAUUCUCCGAUUUUUGGCAAGUGAAGACGAUACAACAGUCAACAUCAAUGAUAAAGAAACUGUUCAUAUAAUGGCUGGAAAUUUUCAUGAGACACAUAUAGAUAGUUUCUCUUUUAUAACUUCCAACAAGCCAAUUUUAUCUAUACAGUAUGUUCCCAGUGGAACAUGUCAUAGAGAUGAUCUUAAACCAGGUUGCCAUAAAGGCGAUCCAGCUAUGACUUUAAUCCCCCCAACAGAACAAAGCAACAUGUUUUACUCGUUUCUAACUCCUGUCUCAUCUCAGAAUUCAAACUUUAGUAACAUAUUCAUGUUUGUUAUAGAAGAUUCUCGCGAAAACGGAAUAUUGCUAGACAAAAGAGCUCUUAGAAGAAGUGAAUUACACAGUGUGGUACGCAAUCACAAUCUUACAGCUGGUUAUUUUCAAGUACCACCUGGCAGUCAUACCAUAGAACAUUCUUUAAAAAAUUUGCCCUUUGGAGGUGUACUAUAUGGUGGUAUCAAGUAUGAGUCGUAUGCUUUUCCAGUUGGACAAAGAUUUGCCACGAUUAAUAAGAAAGAAUGUCGCCCUCUUGUGAUGUACAUUGGAGAUGGUGUAGAUAAUGAUUGCGAUGGACAAGUAGAUGAGGAGAUUUGUAAUGAUCUACAAGAUAAUGAUAUGGACGGACAAACAGAUGAAGAUUGUUUAAAAGCUCUUAGUACAACAACAAAAUCCACACCAUCGACAACAACUCCCCCGAGAACAACACCGACACCAACAUCAACUACAACAUUUAAGUCAUCAACAUCAACAGAAACUGAUCCAUCAGUGCCUUCAAAGACAACGACAAAAACGCCUUCGCCUACGGCAACUACAACAACAGCAUCAAACACGACGUCAACAGUAACACCGAUAACAACAAUUAAAACAACACUUAAACCAGUAGUUACAACUUUGAGUUCAAUACUUCAACAAACACAGAUGAGUGAGGAACCACAACGACCAGCCUGGUUUACCUAUACCGAGUAUGGCAUAAUUGGAGGAGUUUCUGUUGUUGUUAUUGGAGCCAUUGGCGUGUGCUGUAAGAAGUGUCUAGGUCUGUUGGGAAAACGCGACGACGACGAAGAUGAAGAAGAGUAUAGACGAAAAGUAUACAAGAAAGCUAGACAGGCUUUUGGCACUCCUUCUAUCCGACCGAUGUAUAUAAAUAUUCGAAAGACAUGA